AGGACUAAUCCAAUUUUCAUGGGAUUUCUCAUCCAUUUUUAGAAUUUUGUUUCACACUUUUGUUCAAGAAGAAUUGAAUAACGGCGACAAGAUCGGACACAAAUCUAAAACACAAACCACACCCACUCUUUGCAUAUCAUAGGAAAUUUGAAUCCCUUCCGUAUCGCAUGGAACAUAAAACAACACUUUUUCCUUCAUUUCUCAAAUCCUCAAAACAUCAACAACAUAUCAAAAUCUUGUUCAACACUUGUCUUAUUUUUCUUCCAAUAUUCAUAUGGAAUCCCCAAAUACAAUACCACCGAUUAAUACAAACAAAAACAAACGUCAUUUAUUCAAAUGCUUCAAACCGGAUGAUGUUGUAGAAUCGCCACGUCGGAAAGCAAGAACUAAUAGUGACCCGCUUCUUAGUUACCUUGUCGUGGCCGAGAAGCAAGGCAUGGUGUUGCCUACCAUGUUGUCGUCCACUAUGACUGGGUCAAAAGGUGGCGCCCCGGAUGGAAGUGCAAGUCGUCGGCGAAAGUUUGGUAAAGAAAAGUCUCAUCGACUUCGUCAAGCUAUAAUUAGGGCUUUAAAUCAUACAUCAUUGGGCAAGAAAUUUAUUAAUAGAACUAAAAUAAACAACAAUGAAAAUACUUGGAGCAAAUCAUCAAGGUUCAACAAGUUAGAAGGAGAAGGUGAUAAAAUCUCGAACACAAAUCAUAAAGAAGAACCACAAAGAAUCAAUUCAUUUAAUGAUUCAUCAUCUCAUCAUUCACCUACAUUCACCCCUUCUACAUUAUCAUCUUCUACAUGUUCAAGUAGAUCCCAAGGUUCACAUAUUUGGGGUUUCUCCUCUGAAUUGUAUCCAACAACAAUGAAUGGAAUUGAGGUGAAACAAGAAGUUGUAGAGUGUAGAAAAUAUUUUGGUUUAAACAUGGGUUUGUGUUUGCUUUUUUUGACUAGUCUUUUGGUUUUGACUUUGUUGGGUAAGUUUUGUGCUAUACUAUGCACUUCAAUAGGGUUCUUUGUGGUGCAUUAUUGGCAGAAAAAAUGGUGUAAUGAGGAGGAUAUGUGUGAAGAGAGCAUUGAGUUUGAUUCGGCUAGGUGUAAGAGGUUGAUCAUGGAAGAUUUGUCUAAAAAAGAGUUGUGAAGGAGACCCUUCUUAUAAUUUUUCUUAUUCUAUUUCUUUUUCAUUUUGUAAUUUAAGGUUUUGAUUCAAACUCAAAUGACAUGCAUUCUUUGCAUCAAUGUAUUUUUCAUAUAUGUUCUACUUG